CCUCUCUCGGCUACCGUCCAUGGCGUCGAAACGGAUCCUGAAGGAGCUCAAUGAUCUCCAGAAAGAUCCUUCUACUUCCUGCAGCGGUGUGCAAUGGGUAUCAAGGGGUCACUGGCCAAUGUUGACACAGGGACACCAUGAUGCCAACCCAGAUGAUCUACUAGAGCCAGAAAUUUCUCAUCUAUACAAGACCGAUAGGGCCAAGAAUGAGACAACUACAAGGAGCUGGACUAAAAAAAUAUGCGAUGGGCUCGUUUGUAUUAUGGGAAGGGUACGAGGGAUGUCACUGUUGGUUCUCAUCUCCAUGACCUGUGGAUCUUAAUCCUAGAUUUCAAGCCAGUGAAGAAACUAUCUCGCAUCAUGGCUUCUUAUGGAUGAUGGAGGAUAAAGGCGGAAAAUGGGCCAGAGCGCCGAGCUGCUCCAAUUGUAUUUCCACCCCCACUUGAAUUCUGAGG